GUAAUGGCAUGAAGUGGGAACCUGAACCUGGUGAAGCUCACCAGCGCAUGGGCGCCGUCGAGAGGUGCAUCGAGACGGUCAAGGAGAUCGCGACCCGCAUCGCCUGGGAGCUCCCCGACGAUACCGAACCCCAAGGGAUCUUCAGGUGGGCCUGCGCGGCGAACAAUGACCUGAUGCGCCACCAGGGCUGCAAUCCGAUGAUGCUGAUGAUGGGUCGCGCCCCGUCGGGGCACGGACUCGAGGCCGAAGAGAAUCCAUCCGUCCUCAGUGCCAACGUCGUGGACAAGCACUUCCGGGAGGUGUCGUGCAGGGGAGGAAAUUCAAGAACAGAGUUGCGAAGCGCAGUGGAGUUCUGGUUGGUAGAUGGAGACCGCCUGGUUCGAGCAACAACGGCACACUUGCGCAUGACUGCGAAGGCGGAACAGACCAUGGAGAGCAUAUCGGCAGGCGGCUCCCGCCACUUCGAGCAGAUCUUGCAGGAGCUGGCCAAGGGAGCGUAUGUCGACCUGGUGAAUCAGCCUGGACCUGGAGAUUGGGAUGACAUACCCGAAGAUCAAGACUCUGCGCACUCCACGUCGCGGAGCUCGAAGUAUCCGGGAGAUCAGGCUGGAUUUCCUGCAGGAGAUGUGCAGAACCAGGAGAGGAAGAACCACUCGGAGCCGAAGAACCUCCUCCUCAACCUGAACCUCCAGACUCUGAGCCGCCACCUCAGGCUCCCGCGCCUCGAUGGGACGUCGAGCCUCCACCCGAAGAGGAAGCGAGUAAAAAUCCACCCGACUCUCGCGACACGAAGCAACAUAAACUUCGCCGGCUACCUCGAUCAGCUGAGAUGGAAGCCUCUCACUCAGAUCAUGCCCGAGAGCGACAAGUCGGAUCCAGAAGCAAACCUGGCGAUCUUGGUGGGCUUUGCGCUGGAAGAGUCAGACGUGGACCAGCUCUACAGAAGGCCAGACACGGCCUUGGCAGCUAUGGUGAAGCAAGACAAGGUCGAAGUGAAGCUCAAGGACCUCGCCGCCGGGGAAGGAGCGGAGCUCCCCAUCGCGAGAGCUACUGAUGUCAAGCCCUUCCUCAAGUAUCGGGUGUGCGAGGCCGCUAGUCGCGCCGAAUACGCCCAGGAGCUCUGA